CCAGCGGGCGGCCGCGGGGGCGCGUCGCUGUUCAUUGUGCUCCGGUGCCGCCUCCCGCUGCCGCUGCCGGCCACGGCGGGGGGGCCCGCUCCUGCUCCCGCCCUCUAGCACCGGCCUGGGGCUGCCCUGCUCCUACACCAGCCUGAGGGGCUGCCCUGCACCGGGGGCGGCCCUGCACCCAUUCCUGAAGAGCGUUGUCUUGCGCCAAGCCCCGCUGCACCCAUCCCGGGGGGGUUUGUCCUCUCCCGAGGGUGGCUCAGCACCCAUCCCGGGCGGCUGCGCUGCACGGCUAGGGGGGCUCAGCACUCAUCCCUGAGCGGGGCUGCCUUGCGCUCAGCCUCGCUGCACCUAUCCCGGGGAGCUGCCCUGCACCGGAACGAUUACCGGUACCCAACCCUGGAGGAGCGGGCUGUCUUGCACCUAUCCCGGAGGGCUGCACCGCGCAUCCCUGAGUGUGCGGGGGCUGCACCGCACCCAGCCCCGCUGUCCGUCUUGUGGGGCGGCCCGGGGCUGCCAGCUUGCCCCCACCGCCGGUGACCGGCUCCUGGCUCCCGCCUCGUUUUAUGGUCGUGGAGAGGGAGGAAAAAUCCCAAACCAGGCAUGUAAUUCAAAGUGUGAUGUAUUGCUGAGAUGCACAUUCCCUGACGGUGGCCAGCGGGGCAGAGAUUGAGACACGUCUUCCUGGGGAGAGGGAGGGUUGCGUGAGCCUGAGUCAGCAGCAAAGGUCACUUGGCCAAAAGGUUCGGCUUGCAGGAGGAGAUUUCGUAAUGCUGCGUAAAUGAGUAUGGAAGAUUAUGAUUUUCUCUUCAAAAUUGUUUUAAUUGGCAACGCUGGUGUGGGGAAGACCUGCUUAGUCCGUCGCUUCACUCAGGGGCUUUUCCCACCAGGUCAAGGAGCCACAAUUGGGGUUGACUUCAUGAUUAAAACUGUGGAGAUCAAUGGUGAAAAAGUAAAGCUGCAGAUUUGGGACACGGCAGGACAAGAGCGAUUCCGGUCCAUCACGCAGAGUUAUUAUCGCAGCGCUAACGCGUUAAUCUUGACGUACGACAUCACCUGUGAAGAAUCCUUCCGGUGUCUCCCCGAGUGGCUGCGGGAAAUCGAGCAGUAUGCCAGCAAUAAAGUCAUUACUGUGCUAGUGGGUAAUAAGAUUGAUUUAGCUGAUAAGAGGGAAGUCUCCCAGCAAAGAGCUGCAGAGUUCUCCGAGGCGCAGGACAUGUACUAUCUGGAAACCUCAGCAAAAGAAUCGGAUAAUGUGGAAAAACUCUUCCUGGACUUGGCCUGCAGGUUGAUCAGCGAGGCACGGCAGAACACCCUUGUGAACAAUGUCUCAUCCCCCUUACCAGGAGAGGGGAAAAGCAUCAGCUACUUGACUUGCUGUAAUUUUAAUUAAAGAGCUGGCAUGUGAACUACCCCUUCUGCCAUGGGCCAAGAGGAAUAUCUUUUUUUUUAAUGGGAUUUAUCUCCUUGAAGGGAAUUCCUGCCACCUUGACCCAUCGGACUCACCCCGAGUCAGGUUGCAGACCUGGAAGCAUGGCAGGCUGAUGGCUCCGGCUGCAUGGCAACGUAGCAGAAUAUAACACGGUUUAAAUGUCAUUUUUCUUGCAGUCUCUGGAGCGGGUUAGGAGAAGGAGAGUUGCCCAAGCGCUUCGUGUAAUGCAGAACAUGAGCUAUUGCGUUUUCUUCGGUGGGAGACUAGAGCAGCCUCUCUUGAAGAAGAUACUAAAGAGAUCAGAAUCUCUCUUACAGAGCAAUGUGUUUGAUCCUUUUUAAAACUAAACAAGAAAGAACAAUUGUGAACACUGAUCCUGGACUACACUGGCAAUCUUCUGGGCUGCCAGAGGGUGAGCUCCUAAGACAUGUGUAUAGUGUCUGCCCACGCGUCUCCAUGGAGGACUCUGGUGUUUGAAAUAGUAUUAUGUUUCUCAUCUACAGGCACUUUCAUGAACAUGGAAUUAAAAAAAAAAGUUACAUAUAUCAAUGUUUUCAAGAUUUAAGACGACAUGGAUACAGCUCAGUUGCUCCUUUUGGUGCUAGCAGUUCAGCAAAUAUUCCAUAGACCAAACGUAGUCUUACUACAUUAUUGUCCUCUGAAUGUGUAACUUGGACUGGUUAGGGAAAAAAACACUAAUAAGCACUGUUCAUUAAAAAAAACAUUAAAAAAAAAAUCUCGUUACCUCUUUUUCUGGGCCUGAACAGAGUGGGUAAAGGACUGUGCUGCUUUGAUAUCCAACGUAGGAUGAAAAUACUUUCCAGAGAUAAAAAAAUUAACUCUCCCUGCUCUAAUUAGUCAUGUCCUAACGUAAAAAGAAUUACCCUUGGGAAACGUGAUUGGUUGAGUUGGAAAAAGUGCGCCAGACAUGACCAAGAUCUUGUGCGCAUACGGAUUGUGCGUAAGGGUUCAAAGAGAGCACGGUUUGAAGUGGCAAUUCUGCAGUGUCUCCAGCUUAAAGCUUGUAGAUACAGCUCUUGUUGAAAGGCAGGUGUACAAUUUUGUAGAGGAAUGGGUUGGGUUUUUUUUAUGCUAAGUGGAAAUAGUGAUGGGUUGCAAGUGGGUGUCAUUCUGUGUCUGACCGAUCCAGCGCUCACCUGGUGGAACUUCUCUCCAGGAUGCUCUUGAAGGUAAUUUCUUGGCUUCUAGUCUCUCUGCUAGAGUAGCUUUCAGGUUCAGGGCUGUAAAGUCAUUAUAUUUACUUGAUGCUUUGUACUCUUAAUCCCAGACUCCAGUGUAUGUGUAACUGUUUAGGCAAUUUCUACAAAACCCGUGAAGUGGAAGCACUGUGGAGUUUGCGAUGUUAUUUACAUCUCUAGUGCCAUAUGCGAAUAAUGCAUUGCAAAUUUACAGGUUGAUGUUAAAACAAAUUUGGAAGGUGGUGAAUGCGCACAUGAAAAAAUGAUUUUUAGAAGUUUGAGUUCAGUUUAGCUAAUCUGGGUAUAUCUCUCCUGGCAAUUACGUGGCUGCGAUAUGCUGUAAUUUUGAGUUAAUCAAUUUAAUACUAUUUGGCGUUUAUUGAAGAUUAUAACAGAGCUUUUGUAUUGACAUAAAAAACUGCCAGGAAGUACUUUUUGAAAAGAGUAACAAUAAAAAAAAAGGCAUUUUAAAAUGCUUUUGCACAUUUUCCUGAAAAGACUUCUUUGGGCUGUAUCAUGUUGUGCCUUUGAUCUGUAAUGAGGAGCUGACUCUGUGUGUCAGAGAGAGGGAAUCGCUGUGUCAUAUCGUCACUUUUAAUAUUUUCUUGCUGUUUUUUUAGGUAACUUUCUUUUUUUAUGACUAGUGGUAAAAUGAAGGUGUAGAAGUUGUGGUACAAGGCUUGUUUGCCAUUUAGGUAACACUUAGCAAAGUGCUGCUGUGUGAGAUUUUGGGUACGCAUCAUCCGCGUUGGCCUCUACUGAUCUUUUUCAGUCUCUGCUUAUGGUGUAAUCCAGAGCAUGUAGAAAUCUAUGGGACUUGUGGCUUCUGCUGUGCCAUGUGGCACAGCCUGUGCUGAAGGGCCCUGUCUGUCUUGAGAGCUCCCCAAAUUGCCAAAUGCAGCCUCAUCUGAGGUUGUGGAGACAACCCAACUCUGAGACAGCUGGUUCUGCACCGCUUUUAGGUAGGUUCUUGCUUAGAGCGACACUCGGUGUGUGACAUGUAAGGGAACACUUGAGUUUAAAAAUUAAUAGUUACAUAUAUUUAAUUUGUGAAAGCUCUUACUCUUCAGAUGCUGCAUUUGUCAGGAUAUAAUUGAUAACAAAUAGGGCAGGGCUGGUUUAUCGAGUUAGUUGAGGAGGAAGGGGACUGCACACUGAAAUGUCUGUGGGUUCCUCAGCCUUGAUUUCCAAAAGCAUCAAAACUGGGCAGGUACUUUACAUUCCUGCUGAGUACCACUAUAAAUGCAAUUUAAAGUGCUCCUUGCUUGACUUCUGGAGGUUGAACUCUAACACAUUAUCAUGACUGAGCAAGCUGAACUGGUCAAAUAGCAGACACUAAUAACUAUUUUCUUGGAUGUUCACUGUGAGUUUUCUAGCAGUCUUAGUCUCUUUUACCAGUGUUUUACUAACCUGUAGGUGAUGAUUUUGGAGACUAGCUGCCUACUAGCAACCUCCAAGUGGUGGUUCUUUUUAUUGCUAGCAAAUCUUCUCCAUGUAAGGACUCCAUGUCCAGACAGGGAUGUGCACUUGCAGAAGAGUGGAGUAUUGCAGUUGGGCCGACGUUACAGUGAAGUAUCUGACUUCUCCAGGGACAAAUCUGAACCAAUUCCUUUUGAGUUUUAUUCUGGGUAGACUUAAAGUUGAAAGGGAAUAAUGGUGGAAUGGUCAUAAGCCAAAGCUAUAGUUUGAAACUUGCCUCUUUUUCUGCAGUUAACACAUGACCUGUUGGAGGAGUUCUUGCAGGAGUUAUUUUUGUACACCUUAAUGUAUUUCUCUAGUGUGUACAACCCACCUUUCCUUGUAGCAUUGAGGGCUGAUCUUCUCUUCUGCAGUCUGGUCUACUGCUGAAGGCUUCCCAACCAAAAAAGAGCUUUAUCAGCUGCUAAUGACAACUUAGUGGUGUGGCACAGUGAUGAAAAUCUUGAAAAAUAAAAAGAGAUUUAAAAAAAUACAAAUCCCAGUUAUCUGACAAUCAUCUAUGGCCAACAUCUCACUGGAUGAGUGGAUUUUUGAGAGAACCAUCAGUAGAAGCUUUCUGAUGCUUGCUGGGUUGAGUGUCCAAAAGCCAUGUGGAGUUGAUAUAACGGGGCCAAAUUUGACUGGAAACGUUCUCUACCAUCAAGAGAACAAGGCAUUGCAUUUAGUGUGGUUGCUAGAUUUUGAUGUGUUUUCAGGGUGAUAUACUCACACCCAUGGAGUAAUCUUAUUUCUGGGUGAAUGUUAAUUUUAUAGUAGCCCCAUAAUGAAACUAAUAGCUCCAAGCUGAAGCCUAUGUUAAAUGGUCAACCAAUGUUUGCUUUAUUUAGCAAACCUUUUUAGAAAGAUUAGUAAAAUGAUCUGCUGAAAACGGGAUGGUUUUAAUUCUCUUUUCCAGUUCAGCCACUGAUUCAAUCAAGCUGAUUGUGAGUAAAUCACCAACUGUUCUGUGCUUCAGAUCACUGCCUGUGAAGCACUCGCUAGUAUUUUGCAUUGGGUAUUUACACUGCAGGUUUGCUGGGACAAGACAUGACUCCCUCCUGUUCCUAUUUAUAUUGCCCAGGAGAGAGCAAGCACUAGUGAAAAAAACACUGGUCAGGUCAAAGUUAUGAUGGAAAAAGUGAAAUUACAAAUUUAAGGAAGGGGACACUGGGUGCCUCUUCCUACCUCUAACGUUAAAGUCUUGAUUUGAUCUACAGGUGAGUUGUUUGAGCAUGCAGUCAAAUACGUGUUUGUGCUGCAUGCAAAAUGGCUUUGUGAUCAUUAUUUAAUGAAAACCACACAUGACAAAUUGUCAGGCGAGAUACUUUGUUCUUUGCUGUAGAACACACGAAACAGCCCUUAAAAUCUGUCAGCCUGCUGGUGCUGUUUGUCUUUUUGGAAAUAGCUCUAUUGGUAGCAGUUGGCUCCUGCUAGUCUAGGUUUAGUAGCUAAUGGCUAUUGAAUUCCUUCAACAUCAAUAAUAACAGCAGCAGACUGAGGCUGACAGAGGAGACAGUGAUUUGAAAAGAGGGAAGGUCGAAAUCAGUGAUGCAGAAGCACGGUGGGUGCACACACAUGGGACAACAGGCUUUCCUGAGCUUUUCCUGACAGGGGAUGCAAUUAGCUAUAGUCAAACCCACUGGGCUUUGCCUUAUUCGUUAUCCCUAAGGACUGCUGUUUGUUCAGCUGCUUUUCCACGUGUUUUCUCUUUUCACUAUGAAGAACUGUCCAGAAAUCAGGCUGAGAUGUUGAGCUGGCGUGAUUUCUGUAGUCAGGGACUGAAUUAAGUUGGAAAAAAGGUGAAAUUCUCCAGCUGUUGAAAUAGGCUGAGUAAAUGUGCAGGAUACACUGUCCUUUGGGGACCUGUGGUGCUGUCAUGGUUGGAUAUGGCUGGAGACACUGUCACAGAAACCCUCUGCUGGCUGUGGGGCAGACUGAGGGCUGUAGCCCUUUGUGCAAGGGGAAGCGUGGCUGUGUGGAGCAGAAAAUGCCAAGUGAUCCCAUCCUCUUUUAAAAAAAAGGCAUCAAUGACUUAGAUUUCGAUUGCUCUGGAUUUUAAUAAGGAAUGCUUUCAAUAUGAGUCGCAUCCGAAAUUCUUCUGCAUUCUGUUGCUUUUCAGUAUCAAACUUCCCAAUGUCUGUAUAAGCGUUGCAUCUACCAAUAAAGACCUUUUUGAGCUUAUUCAGCUAGAAAAAGUCUUUCCAGAGGACACUUGGUGAAUUCCUACUGAGCAAGUAUGGAAACUCUUUGAAAUGUUGAUGUACAUAAGGGCUCAUCAGAAAACCCACUGGAGUCGAAAUAAAUACUCUAAUCAAUUCUAAAAGCGAAAGGCCUGUGAAAGAUGUUAUAUCUAAAUGGCUUUUUACUUAGUUUUUUUGUAAACUUUGCUUAUCUGAAAGAAUUUGGCUCCUGAAGCCAACCUUUCUUUCCUUGUGUCAGGGCUGUCCUCUUGUUGUGGGUACUAAUUGCUCUAGUUACUGUUCACAAACAGCAAAGGAUCAUUGGUUUGAAGGACAGUCUUGUUUUCUGAUGAUGAUGCAUGAUAGGGAGACACUUGCUUUCCUACAAGUGACUAGUGCAUCCUAAGCACAGCAGCCUCAGCUGGAACCGAUCACGUCUUUGAAAUGCGAUCAUCCACUUGAGCUGUAGUUAAAUGUACCAUAAAGGUUACAAAGCUCUCAUCUGCCUCAGCUCAGGAUUUAUCUUGGCUAGGAAAACAAACAACAGGGUAAUCAUGCUGACCAUGAUGCAAAUCUCCCAAAGUAGCCCUAGCAUUGCUCUGCCUUACCUGGCUCAUCAGCACCUCACUGAGCUGCCCCAAAGCCUCCUUUGCUGUGCUGUACUAUAUCUGGCUGAGAUGGGUUGCGGGCUGUCAUCACCCAUGGAUGCCACCACAGCCUUUGCCAUCAUGUAAAUGAGCCAUAACUUAAACCAGAAGUAAAAAACUAUGCCAUGUGAGUUGAGAGUGGCUUUUAUAUUGUUUUUUCUAUAUGGGGAGCCACAGAUCCAGAAAAAAAAAAGCUCAUUUCCAAUGUUUGUGCCUACAAAUAAAGUCAACUGGGUAACUGGGAAAAGAUCACCUAGACAGAGCAGAUGCUGAGAUGGCAGUGAGUGUAAUUUAGGCUGUAAUUGUUGUCAGUGAAAAAUGAGGCUGGUUUUAAGAGUAGAGCUAGGGUUAACAGCUCAGCUCAUGUGUCUGGAUAAACAGGAGCUGGCUGUACUGUACUCAGAGAUUGUCUCUGUUUUCACGUGAAUGGGAUCAUAUUUGUUGAACCAGUUAUCCUUUUCCAGCAAGCUUAGAAGACACUUUUAGCUCUGAGUAAUCGUACAAUUAAACUCAAGAAGCAGAUGCCACCUUUGAAUUUGCAACUUUGCUUUUCCACUGCCGCUUAUCUUGGAUUAAUGUUCCCAAGGAGACGCACACUGGUGAGCACACCAUGGUGGUGUCUUUGCUGAGCAUCUUCUGGAGUCCAGCCCCUGUCCACAGGCAUCUGAUAUAUCCAACACCUGUGCUGGUCGCAGUUUGAGCUGUACGUGGUUCCCUGGGGGAAGGGGAUGUUAGAAGUACUCGUAUGCUUUCAUGGGCAGUCAUCAAGGGCUCUGAUGCGUCUGGUGUCACAUAAUGCAAACUUCAGAGCUUUUCAAAGCCUGAUUCCUCCAUUAUCUUUUAUCCAUGAGUCUGUUCCUUCCCAAUAGUGCUCAUGUUUCAAGCACAGUGGAGGUCUCAGGCUGGAAAUGAAUCCCGUGGUUCAUGCAAUGAGGCCCAACUCCUGCUUUACCUGGAAGGAAGAGCACCCCUGGCUCAUCUUCUGUGCCACCUCGAGUUUCUUACAGUGAACAUAAACCUAAUUCGAUUAAACCCAUUCUCAGGCAGGGCAUCCUGUGAGGAUGCUUCCCUUCUUAUAGGACCAAUAUGAGAGAUUCAGGUGUCAAGAAUCGCUGGUGUUUUGGUGCGAGUGAAUGUCUGGUGGGCAGGUGGGUGCUGCUCUCCAUCCAGGGAGACGCAUGGGCAUGUGGAGGAGGAGAGUCGUUCUGAGCUGUCACUUGGGCUGUGGUGUGGGCAUCUCCAAGAGUCUGGGUUGCACUGUUGGCAUGAGCUUUAGUAAAUGUAACAGUCACAGUGUCCCCAGCAGCCAAACCUUUACAGAGGGGGAAGCGGAGGAGAGGGAAAUGCUGUUUUGACAUUUUAAUGGAGCGAGAAUAAAAUGUUUGGUCUAUGGCGGGGAGAGCUGCUGUGAUUUUGGGCGCUGCUGUUGCCUCAGCUCUCGCAGACUGUAGGAAGAAGCCUUACCGCUGGCCUCCACAUACAGUCAGCACCCAAAGGGGAAAAACAACUUAAGCCAGUGUUUCAGAGGAGAAAAACCCAUCUAAUGAGAGUAUGGAGGAAGCCCAGUGCUUGUCGCUAUGCUGGUUUGAAGUGACAAGUGUAUCUCUGGAUAUUAGAGAAGCAGUUCAAAAUGCGCCAUGGUUUUUAGCAUAAGAAGAUGCACUGCAGAUAUGUCACAUCCAUUUCGCUCCCUACAGCUGUUUACAAAAGAAAAAGAAACAAAACCAACAGAAAAUCCACAGAUCCCGAGAUGGGAGCAGCUGCAGUCACUCAGCUGUCAAUCUGGGACAAGGCUCUUUCUGCUCCUCUUUUAUUUCCACUUCGCUCUGUUCUGCUGCACAUAUUUGGCUGUUCUGUGAAUUUGCAGAUCAUGAGGUUUUUUUAAAUUUUAUUUUAACUGCCUUUGAUCUAUCCAGAAAGACUCACCCAGCUCUCAUUUGAAUUCAUUAAUGCUUUGAGUAGGCAUUUUAAUUUUAUGUUUACUGGCUUGUUUCCCUUUGUAAUGUUAUCUAACUGACAAGUUUGUGUGCUCUGCAUUACCUUUAGGUUUUUGAGUCUAAAAUGUUUCCUCUUUUCUGAAUGCUAUGAUCAUCUUUGGAGAUGUUGUAAAGGCAUCUUCCUUUCCUCAGAAGAAAACCUGAACUACUUGCAGCUUUGAUUACUAGCAAAUCCAUACUGAAGCACGUAAUGCUCUCUACAGCAUGAACAAAGAACAUUUUAUACUAUCAACUGUAGUUUGAAUUGUAGUUUAAAAACCUGCUUAAGCACUAAAAGCAGCGUUUUGUUUGCAGCAUCCAUGCCAGGGAAGUCACAGCAUUAAAGGAAUUUCCUGGGUUGCAGUUUUUCCCACAAAGCUCUGCUGUCUUUUCCCUAACAAUUGUGAAUUUAGCACAAUGUACAGAAUUUUAGCAAGAACCCCAAUUCCUAAACACGUGGCCAGAAGGAGGAGGAGAGAAUGCGUUUCUUGUUGAUCAAGCACAACCAUUUCAGUGAAGAAAAUGCACUACAGCUGGUCAGACCAUUGAUCUCGAGUUGCUGGGGUGGUGCUGGCUCUGGGAAGGGUGUAAGUGUUAGCAAAUCGCCAAACUGUGAAUCAUUGACUGUCAGAAGCAUUUGGCUUGUCUGCUUUUUUGUUAAGUUCCUGUUGUCAAGUGUGGUACAGAGCGGUUGAGAGAGGAAUGUAUUUUGGAUGACCAGGAUGAUGAAUGUAUGAUGCUUCAUGUUUAUUUGUAAUGUCCUUUUUAUACUUAGAAAUUGCUUACGUAUGUAUCUGUAUGUAAAUAAAUGUUUAAUCCUUUCCA